UAUAAAUGGUCAUUUUGUCAUUUAUCGGCUGUUAUGGCUGCUGUAAUGCCCACUUUCGACAGCAGGUGGCGCAUUGUCCAUUUCAUAGGAUUACAAAGAAAGUGCAGCGGCUGAGAGGCAGAGGCUUUUCCUUCCGACCAAUAAGAAUCAUUUGUGGACGCACUGAAAUCCAUGAUUCAUCGACACCACGGCUGCCCAAAGUGUGGCCCAGGGGGCCUUAAGCAGCACGUUUUCAAAAUACAGGUCUCAUGAUUCGGUGGAAUGACAUCUGACUAGCAAGAAGAACCCAUGACAUGAUGAAGGCUACACUCCGGGGGAAUUGGUGCACAGUGGGAAGCUAUGGACCACGUCAUAUGAAAAAGGUUACCGGGGAUAUACACUCCAGGAAACAUAGCAUUAAAGUUUCAUAAUUCUUCAGCAAAUGGUCAGUGACCCCCUGCGGGGACACGUCGACCACCUUUACUCAAAUUUGACAUGGCCGUUCUCUAAAGGUGUGUGCCAAAUUUGCUCAUUCAUUCUCCCACUUAAAAGUAUUUUGAAUGUAAAUUUCUGCAUCUGCACGUUUACCCGGAUUUGCACCAAAGCGUUAAGGCCUCAAUGCCAUGUGGCACAUUGUAUUGUAUUCUGCGUGGAUAAUACAAUUUCAUUUUUAAAAGACAUUUUAUACAAAAUAUAUUCAAGAUGGAAGUUUGGGGAUUUCCUUCCAGCAGUGGUGAAGCUAAAUUAGGCUCAAUAAGCGUCAGUGGAGCUCUCUAUUUCCAGUGCGAUAAACGCAGGGGGCGGGGCCUGCCUCCCAAAUUAGGACGGGCUUUGGUGACGUCACGGGAGCCAGCGCCCCUUGCUCACCGCACAAGUUGGAGCACGCACGAGACCUGCGGAUACGUCAAGCGAACAUGGCGGAGACCCUGAAGGCUGUCACUAGCAUACACAGAGGAAGACACGACGUCGUCUGAACGAACAACACGGAUUACCUUCCCCUGAGGCCUCCUGUCAACAUUUUUAAUCGGCGUUUGGUUCCUGUUUUUUCGCCUCUUCUUGGCCGCAGGCGGCGAAAUAGCUGGGAAGGGGGCGGCGGAGCUCAGCUGACGGCAAACAGCAAGCAGCGCGAACAUUUGAAUAUAAUGUUAGCUAACCCCUACAGAUAGCCAACAUUUCCUCAGCCGCCGACAAUAAAGUGUCGCGCUUGGAGCCUUUUCUAUUAUUAAUAUUACUAUUAUCGUUUUAUUUAAACCAGCAUGCGUCGGUGAUCUAUUGCUCCGAAUUAACGAGUCGCAAUCCCGAGGUGUUAGCCACCUAGCGCGCUAACGACAUGUCGGACAAUCAGAGCUGGAACUCCUCCGGCUCAGAGGAGGACUUGGAGCCCAAAGAGGAUCCAGGACACCCGGUCGGCGUCGGUGAGUUCAGCGGGGUCCUCAGCAAGUGGACUAAUUACAUCCACGGCUGGCAGGACCGCUGGGUGGUUCUGAAGAACAACACACUCAGCUACUACAAGUCCCAGGAUGAGACGGAGUACGGCUGUCGUGGCUCCCUGUGCCUCAGCAAAGCGGUUAUUACUCCCCACGAGUUUGACGAAUGCCGACUGGACAUCAGCGUCAACGACAGCGUCUGGUACCUGAGGGCCCUGGAUCCUGAGCGCAGACACCUGUGGAUCGACUCCAUCGAGCUGCACAGGGCUGACCCCGGCUAUGGUUCCGAGUCCAGCCUGCGACGACAUGGCUCCAUGCUGUCCCUCACGUCAGCCGCCAGCGGCUACUCGGCCACCUCUACCUCCUCCUUCAAGAAGGGCCACAGCCUGCGAGAGAAGCUGGCGGAGAUGGAGACCUUCAGAGACAUCCUGUGCAGACAGGUGGACACGCUGCAGAAAUACUUUGACGGCUGCGCCGAUGGCGUCUCCAAGGACGAACUGCAACGAGACAAAAUUGUGGAGGAUGACGAGGAUGACUUCCCCAACACCCGCACUGACGGAGACGGCAGCAAAGACAAACUCUUCCAGUGCUCCAACCCCAAGGGCGUGAACGGCAUCGACUUCAAAGGCGAGGCCAUCACGUUCAAAGCCACCACCGCCGGGAUCCUGGCCACUCUGUCCCACUGCAUUGACCUGAUGGUGAAGAGGGAGGACAGCUGGCAGAAGAGGCUGGACAAGGAGAUGGAGAAGAGGAGACGAAUCGAGGAGAGCUACAAGUCGGCGCUGAAUGAGCUGAAGAAAAAGUCCCACUUUGGAGGUCCAGAUUACGAGGAAGGGCCAAACAGCCUCAUUAACGAGGAGGAGUUCUUUGACGCGGUGGAAGCUGCCUUGGAUCGACAGGACAAGAUAGAACAGUGUCAGACCGACAAGGCAAGAACCCAGAGGUCCAGUCCAGUUCCACCACCAGACGUCUUCUCCAGCUCUGGCUCUCACAGAUUAGCUGAACAGGUGGAGGAGAUGGUGCAGAGUCACAUGACCUACUCCCUCCAGGAUGUCGGCGGCGAUGCCAACUGGCAGCUGGUGGUGGAGGAAGGGGAGAUGAAGGUGUAUCGGAGGGAGGUGGAGGAGAACGGGAUCGUUUUGGACCCACUGAAGGCCACCCACUCUGUGAAGGGCGUGACGGGCCACGAGGUGUGCCACUACUUCUGGGACACGGCCUACCGCAACGACUGGGAGACCACCAUCGAGAACUUCAACAUCGUGGAGACGCUGUCUGAUAACGCCGUCAUCGUCUACCAAACACACAAGAGGGUGUGGCCCGCCUCCCAGAGGGAUGUCCUCUACCUGUCGGCCAUGCGCAAGAUUGUGGCGAGCAAUGAGAACGACCCAGACACCUGGCUGGUGUGCAACUUCUCCGUGGACCACGAGGACGCGCAGCCAAGCAGCCGUUGUGUCCGCGCCAAGAUCAACAUCGCCAUGAUUUGUCAGACCCUGGUCAGUCCACCAGAGGGCGACAAGGAGAUCAGCAGAGACAACGUCCUGUGUAAAAUCACCUAUGUGGCCAAUGUGAAUCCUGGUGGCUGGGCCCCCGCCUCGGUGCUCAGGGCGGUGGCCAAGAGGGAGUACCCCAAGUUCCUGAAGCGCUUCACCUCCUAUGUGCAGGAAAAAAACGCCGGCAAGCCCAUCUUGUUCUAAACAUCCCAUAAAAAAAACCCCAGAUACAUCUUACCAGGUACCAGUCGGUCGUUGUGGUGCCCCCUGGUGGCUACAUGAUACAUAACUAAAUCACACGCUUCAGAGAAAUGUACGUAUGUUGUGUAAGAAAUGUGUAAAGAGAUUUCAAGCUAUCUUUGCUAAAUAGACUGUUAAAGACUUAUCACUAUUUGUAAAGUGCAGAGGGCUGUGGUCACCUUUUGAGCCCAAUGAUGUUCAAAGAAUGUCCAGCCAAUGAACGCGCACCGUCAGCGCUGAGGGUGGGACAUGUCCAACCAUUGUACACCUUUUUUGGAAAGGAACCUUUCAGCUUCAUGCUAAAUUUCUAAGCAAAAGUUGUCUUGUUGUUAUUGUGUGUAAGCCCAAAUGCCUUAGGAAUAGUUUGAGGUUCCAUCAGGAAGUGCUGAUAGAACGCCUGUGACAUCACUACCACUAGUCAAGUGCCUCGUGGCUGCAUUGGUUUGACUUAAUUUCAUUCAUGUGAGGGAUUAAAAGGACAACCUUUUGAAAGCGUGUACUUUCAAUCCUUCAUCGUCAUUGUGGCCACUCAAACGAUGACCUUCAAUUGAAGCACUUUGACUCCAUCUCUUUUACCAAUCACAAACACUUGUUGCUUUGGAGUCUUGCAUAAAUGCUAUCUUCCAUUUCAACCAAGUGGCGAAAUGACAACAUGAAGCUCAAGUCAACAUGUUAACAUGUGUAGCAGUUAGCUAGUUGAAUGUUCAUACUAAAUGCUGGAAGGAGGAGGAAUAAAUCAUCAUCAGCCGUGUUUGCUGCCCUUGUGUGUUUCCAAUCACGCACACCCAUCAACGUAAGCUUGAUAAUUUAAUAUUCUAGAACACACAGAGACUCACAAAAGACAUAAGGCCAGUUCUGAGCUUCUUCUGUUAAAGACCCUGAAGUUACAUCAAAGUUUUAACAUUAUGGCUUUGGGUUUCCCGCCUGGAACACUGAUGGCUCUUC